AAUAAUAAGAAGAAGAAGACUCCCCAUUCACUUACAGUAGCAUAGAUAGCUAAAGCUAAUUAACCUUACUGAGUCGCGCAGUAACGUUAGUAGCUUGAUAUUUUGUGCAGAUUUAAAACGCCGAGGCGCCAUGAUGCAAGAGGAUUAUUUGUGAGGACCGACCCCUAUCCACGUGCCAUGUCUUUGGUUUUCCCACGACCCAACACCAACACAGUCCACGGCAAGAAGGAGAAGAGACUGAUGGCGGAAGUGAAUGCAUCACCACUCAAGCAUUUUGUCACAGCGAAGAAGAAGAUCAACGGGAUCUUUGAGCAGUUGGGGGCCUACAUCAAGGAGAGCACUUCCUUUCUGGAUGAUACGUACAAAAAUGAGGAGCUGGACCCGGUCACCACAGAGGAGCAGGUCCAGGAGGUCCGGGGUUACCUCGCCAAGGUGACAGGGAUUGGAGAAGUGCUCGCCCGCAGGCACAUGAAGGUGGUCUUCUUUGGGAGGACCAGUAAUGGGAAGAGCUCAGUGAUCAAUGCCAUGCUGUGUGACAAGGUGCUGCCUUCUGGAAUAGGACACACCACCAACUGCUUCCUGAGGGUGGAGGGCACUGAUGGCAAUGAGUCCUUUCUCCUCACUGAAGGUUCUGAGGAGAGGAAGAGCAUAAAGACGGUGAACCAGCUGGCCCACGCCCUCCACCAGGAUGAAGACCUGGAUGCAGGCAGCUUGGUCUGUGUAAUGUGGCCUAAAGCCAAGUGUGCUCUGCUCAGGGAUGAUCUGGUGUUGGUAGACAGCCCGGGUAUCGAUGUUACCACUGAACUGGACAGCUGGAUCGACAAAUUUUGCCUGGAUGCAGAUGUAUUUGUUCUAGUGGCAAACUCUGAGUCCACACUGAUGCAGACGGAGAAGUCCUUCUUUCACAAGGUCAAUGAGCGGCUCUCCAGUCCCAACAUUUUCAUCCUCAACAACCGCUGGGAUGCCUCAGCCUCGGAACCUGAAUACAUGGAGGAGGUCCGCAGACAGCAUAUGGACCGCUGCACACAUUUUCUGGUGGAUGAACUAGGUGUGGUGGACCGAGCCCAGACCAGUGACCGCAUCUUCUUUGUGUCUGCCAAGGAAGUACUUCAGGCUCGUGUGCAGAAGGCUCAAGGAAUGCCUGAAGCAGGUGGAGCUCUUGCAGAAGGAUUUCAAGCCAGAAUGUUUGAGUUCCAGAACUUUGAGAGGCGAUUCGAGGAGUGUAUCUCACAGUCAGCGGUGAAGACUAAGUUUGAGCAGCACACGGUGAGGGCCAAACAGAUCUCUGAAGCCCUUCGACGUAUUAUGGAUUCUGUACACAUUGCUGCACAAGAGCAGAGGAUUUACUGCCUUGAGACCAAAGAGGACCGUCAGGACCGAUUGGAGUUCAUAGACAAGCAGUUGGACUUGUUGACCAUGGACUGUAAGGCCAAGAUUAAGAAGAUAACUGAGGAGGUGGAGAGACAGGUGUCUAAUGCAAUGUCAGAGGAGAUCAGAAAGCUCCAUGUGCUGGUGGAUGACUUCCACAUGGACUUCCACCCAUCACCAGUGGUGCUCAAGGUCUACAAGAAUGAGCUCCACCGCCACAUAGAAGAGGGUCUAGGCAACAACUUGUCAGGGAGGUGCUCCACCUCCAUCACCAGUUCCCUGCAGGCCACACAGGCCGACAUGAUUGAUGGUCUGAAGCCUCUGCUGCCCAACCCAGUCAGAGAGCAGGUUGACAAGCUGGUUCCUCGUCACUGCUUUAGCCUCAGUUAUGACCUGGCCUGUGACAAGCUCUGCAGCGACUUUCAGGAGGAUAUCAGCUUCCACUUCUCUCUGGGCUGGACCAUGCUGGUCAACCGCUUCCUGGGGCCCAAGAACACCCGGCGAGCCCUCAUGGGCUACAACGACCAGGUACCUCGGUCCAUGGCUCUGACUCCAGUCAGCAGCAGCAUGCCUCCAUUCCCACAAAGCUCCAUGACCCAGGAAGAGCUGAUGGUCUCCAUGGUGACUGGUCUGGCCUCACUUACCUCACGUACUUCCAUGGGUGUCCUUGUGGUUGGAGGCGUGGUCUGGAAGGCAGUGGGCUGGCGUCUGAUCGCCCUGUCAGUAGGUUUGUACGGACUCCUCUACAUCUACGAGCGGCUCACCUGGACCACCAAGGCCAAGGAGAGAACUUUUAAGCGACAGUUUGUGAACUACGCCAGUGAGAAGCUGCAGCUCAUCGUCAGCUACACCGGAUCCAACUGCAGCCACCAAGUCCAGCAGGAGUUGGCAGGUGUGUUUGCUCAGCUGUGCCAGCAGGUAGACGUCACCCGUCAGAACCUGGAGGAUCAGAUCACUGACAUGAACAGCAAGAUCGAGCUGUUGGACAGCCUACAGAGCAAGGCUAAGCUGCUGCGGAACAAGGCGGGCUGGCUGGACAGCGAGCUCAACAUGUUCACUCAGCAGUACCUGCACCACAGCAAGUAAAGCACACAGCAUCCACCUGAGACUCGGCACCACCGGUGAACAUUGCUGCACCUCUCAAGUGUCCCCUCUAGUUGACAAACUUCUGAACUUUGAAGAUAAUGAGAGAAAUGAUCCACACUGUUCUGAAUGGAAGAUGGUUUGAGUGGAAAACCACCAGGUGGUUGUCAUAUGGAUAUAAGGGUUUGAGCUCAGGGUGGGAGUCCUGUAGUCAGCUGGGGACUUCUCUCACAAAAAUGAAAAUAUAAGCCACAACAUGAAAUUAAAAAGGUUUAACCACAGACUCUAGAACUGAACAUCCCCUCAGAAGAUAAGAAUCAGGAAAUACACUGAGUGCUUUCAUGUUCAGUUGUGGUGAUAUGCAAAUGAGCAUGAAGCAUCUGACUGCAUCCAAUUCCAGUUAAAUAUCCCAUAUUGAACUUGUGUAGAUGUGAUUUUGUAUAUACAUUUUGAACACUGGACAAUGUGUUUGAACACAUUUUGCCACGCUGAAGUAAAAGGCUGUCAGCAUGAGGGAUUGGGAAAAAGUGUCUUAUGUUAGUAGGAUGAUGAAACUAGGGAUGUCCCGAUAGCAGACAUUUAGUAGUCCAUACCAGUGAAACUCCACCAUUCUCCAUACUGAUUCGAUACCUUGGUUAAAGAAACUAAACAAUAACUCCCAUACACUUCUUUAUUACAUUGGAAUACUGUCAGGAGGUUUUACACGUCAUAACUCUAAUAUCUAUUUUAUAUUUCUUUGAAAACAUCUCCUUCAAACAACUGUAAGCUUGAAUACGUUUCUCACCAAAAACUGCAUUUUACAAGAUCACGUUUGAACCCACCACAUACAUUUUUCUUUGUCCCAAUACAUAUUGUUACUGAAUGGAGCCUGAACACCCCUUAAUGCAAGUCAAUAGCUCCACUGAUACCGGCUGCUAACAGCUAACGGCUAACAGCUAACGUCAGUCAGUUUAAUUAAUGAAUCACAAAGUCAGGUACGGUACUGUAGAAAAGCAAGUACUGUCACAUUUACAGAAUUUGGGCAUCGACUUGGUACUGAAAUAUCGGUUCUCGUGACAUCCCUAAAUGCAAAAAUAAUUUAUUCUUCUAGUUAGUAUAUUUGGGAAAUAUUUCAGAGAAUGAAUGUCAGAAAUUAUAUUGUUGCCGUUUGUCACUGGAAAAGAAACUCGUAUUGACAUUCAAAUGACAAGAAAGAAUAUUCUGUUUUACUUUUAAAGCUUAGUUCUAUGAGCACCAAGUUGAACUGAUCGUACCUGUCACAUGUGGAGACUUCACAUACUGAUGGGAUCAUUCAAACCGAUAAACAAGUAGUAAAUAUUAACCCUCACCUUAUAUGUAGAAUAGCCUGAUGUCUACAUGAGUAAACCUAUAUCCUCAUUUUUGCAAGGAUAAAGUUUGGUCUGAAGUAAUUGAAUAUAUUUUAGCAUGUUCAACAAGAAAGGAGCAAAUCUAAGAUUCCUGUUUGUAAACUUACAGGGGGGAAGGGAAUAGUGCAUUUGUUGGGGACUAUUUAUAGCGUCAACAAUGGAACUCUGGCACAGAAAUGAGAUCAGGCUUUGAAGACGCACUCAACACUUGGUAGGAUAUAUUCAGUGUUGCGUGGCUCGGCACAAGUUAAAUAAAUAUUUAGAGUCUCUCUGUGAUGAUGGUCCCCUGUUGUGAAUGAUUUUCUUUAGUGCCACCAUAGCAUAGCUGCAGAAGAAGACCACGACAUAUGCAAAUAGUUGAAUAUUACGAGGUCAGAAUUCUUUUCCAUGGGAUUCUAACUUUAAAGACACGCUUGCGAUGUAAUGGUAAUGAUAGCAUCCCCACAUCUCUGGCCUGUAUGAGGUGUAUCGCCAUGUGUCAUCUACUGCCUGACAUGCCAGAGCUUAGUCUGAGCAGCACUGGAGCUUAACUCCAUCAAGUGUCCCACUUCACAUUCACUGUUCUUUAAUGAAUAAAAUGAAGUGUUAUGCUUUAUGUAGAACAAUAGAUCUAUCAAAUUUCAAUAUUAUGAGCCUAUAAAAUCUACUACUUUUGAUGUUUUCAACCGCAAAAUAUUUUGAGUUUCAAAACCGUGUGAUUUGUCAUGUCAGGUACACUAAAACAAAAUGAGUGUUCAGCUUCCUCGUACAUAUCUGAUGAAUCCUCCUUCCCCAAACCAAGAGUCCUUAUGUGAGCUGGUAGAACUGUUGAUGGCUGUGUAUCAUCACUACUCUGCACCGCUCCCGUCUGCUUUCAUCUCCAAACAAAGAGGAGCAUCUGAAAUACAUGUGAUGCUGUUGGGUUACUUUAUUUCAGCCCAGGAGUCCCACAGACGUAUAAUAAAAGUACUACAGACGACAGACACGAGCUGAAGAGAUGCUCAAACCAGAGAAGUUAAGGGUGAAGAAGUGACGACAGCCUUUCAAUUGAACAUCUAAAUGUAUUGUUUUAAAUGAAAUUGUACUCUAUCUAAAUCUAAAAUGUGUAAUAUAAUGUAUUUUAAUAGUUUGCCUUGCAGUUGGAAUCAAUAGGAACGUGCUGAAGAAGGCAACAACAGCCCAGAUCAGAUGUGCCUGAGCCUGUUCAGUAGUCUGGUUUCAGAUUAGACCAUACGCAUCCUUCAGAGGGAAAAUAUGCACUUUAUCAAUUUGCUGAUUUUAUUUAGUCAUUUUCUUGUCUUCCCCCAUAAUCUACUCUACACAACGUAGUUGCUGUAUGUUUGGCUUCAGGAAGGUGAAAGUAUCAGCAUGCAGUGGUUGUUGUAAUUUGUUGUCCAGUUAAAAUAUUCAAACAUGUAUGUAGGUUGAAAAUAAAGGUGACAUCAUGCAAAGAAA